GCUCAUCAUCAACUUGAAAUGAAUGUCCUUGACAUAAAAGACACGCGCCACCGGUGCACGCGCGUGUGCGUGCACUGGUUAACGCGCUGCCUCGCGCUUCUGAUCGUGGAAGACGACAUGAAAUGGUGGGAUCCCCGAGUCUCCAGAGGCCUGAAAGCUGUGUCCAUCGUGCCUGAGUAACCAUUGCAUUGGAGAAAACGUGCACUGUCUUUGGAGGCCACUGUUGAAAAUAUGUGGUGAAACACAUUUUUCUUCUUGCUAUUCUAUAGAAUUGUCAGAGUUUCCUAACUUCAAAGUAUUUCUACACAGCGAGAGGUGCAUGAAAUUAAAUAUGUGUGGAGAUCAUGCUGAUUAAGUGAGCUAAGAGGAGGCUCCUUUAAUGCCGAUACAGUGAGCAGCAGAGAUGCGAGACGAGCUGUUCUGGCGUGGUUCGUGGGAUGGUGGUCGCGUGCAAGGGCCGAGAAGGAAGAGGCGCCCUACAGCAAUGCAUGGGAGUGGCCAUCGCACUUCUGAAGGUGGAGGCCGCAGCCCUGGCCACUUGGUGAGGAUGCCUGCCCCCUACACUGCGUUCAGCACCCCCAGAGCCAACUCUGCUGGCAGUGGUGUUGGCAGAGGCAGAAGUGAACCGGUGACCUGCAGCCGGUCCAUUGUCAUCCAAGACGUGUGGGCCUCUAACCUGGAGGAUGCUUUCCACACCAUCAGGCACAUGGUCCAGCGGUACAACUACAUUGCCAUGGACACAGAGUUUCCAGGGGUGGUGGCACGCCCUAUUGGGGAGUUCCGCAGUGCAGCAGAUUACCAGUAUCAACUUCUUCGAUGCAAUGUAGACCUGCUCAAGAUCAUCCAGCUUGGUCUCACCUUUCUCGAUGAAGCUGGCAAUACAGCCCCAAACUGCUGCACCUGGCAGUUCAACUUUAAGUUCAAUCUUAUGGAAGACAUGUAUGCACAAGACUCAAUCGACCUACUAACUAACUCAGGCAUACAGUUCAUGAAGCACAAAGAGGAUGGCAUUGACCCGUACGAGUUCGCACAACUUUUCAUGACUUCGGGUGUGGUCUUCUCUGAGAAUGUCAGGUGGCUCACUUUUCAUAGUGGGUACGACUUCGGUUACUUGCUCAAGUUGUUGACUUACAAGCACCUUCCUGCAGAUGAGAUUGAGUUUUUUGAACUUCUGCAGAUCUUCUUCCCAGCCAUCUAUGAUGUCAAGUAUCUCAUGAGGGGCUGUAGAACCCUACGAGGAGGCUUACAGGAUGUAGCCAACCAACUUCGCGUGGAACGUGUUGGACAGCAGCAUCAGGCAGGCAGUGACAGCUUGCUCACUGCCGCGGCCUUUUUCAAGAUGCGACAAGUGUUCUUUAACAACACCAUUGAUGAUGCCAAGUACUGCGGGCAUCUCUAUGGCCUGGGCCCAUCAUUCAGCUCGAAUGGUGGUAGCUUGUACAUUGUUGAGUAUGACGAUUGCACUGCCCAGCCUGCAUCCUCCUUCACAAAAUUUGUAUCUUGAUGGCCUUCGUGGUGCUUACCACCAGUGCACCUGCUCCUCUUCGAAAGAGCCCAGCUGUGCUGUGUUGACUCUGCAUACCUAAUCAGGACCACCGGUGUGUGUUUCUCAAUGUCGCGCUCCCUCCUGCCGUGAACUCUGCCCUCACAGUUGCUCCACACAUGUUCUCCGUCUGCCUUCACACCAGUCUUAUGCACUGCACCACUUUCCUGGUGAUCUCAUCUCUUUUCUCUAUAUUCCACCCUCAUCCGGAAAAAAAAAUUUGUUGUUCUUCUUGCA